GCUUUAUAAAUCAGCGGAGUUGAGGAGGUGCCUGGGAUUCUGGCACUCCAAACGCUGCUGUCUUCUCAAGGAGUCCUGAAACGGAGAAGCGCCAGGAUGUCUCAGCUGCUGCCGCCCCUGCUGCUUCUCCUCCUCUCCUUCCACAGUGCCCUGGCCCUGAGGAUCUGCUCUUUCAACGUGAGAUCCUUUGGAGAAGCCAAGAAGGAAAACCAGGACACCAUGAAUGUUAUUGUGAAGGUCGUCAAACGCUGUGACAUCAUGCUUCUGAUGGAAAUCAAGGACAGUAACAACAUUAUCUGUCCCAUGCUGAUGGAGAAGCUGAACGGAAAUUCAAGGAGAGGUAUAACAUACAACUAUGUGAUUAGUUCUCGGCUGGGAAGAAACACAUAUAAAGAACAAUAUGCCUUUCUCUAUAAGGAAAAGCUGGUGUCUGUGAAAAAAAGCUACCUCUAUCGUGAUGAUCAGGAUGGCGACGAAGAUGUGUUUUCCAGGGAGCCCUUUGUAGUCUGGUUUCAGUCACCCCACGCUGCUGUCAAAGACUUCGUGAUUGUCCCCCUGCACACCACUCCCGAGACGUCCGUAAAGGAGAUCGAUGAGCUGGCUGAUGUCUACAUGGAUGUGAAAAGACAUUGGAAAGCUGAGAAUUUCGUUUUCAUGGGUGACUUCAAUGCUGGCUGCAGCUAUGUCCCCAAGAAGGCCUGGAAGAACAUCCGUCUGAGGACUGACCCCAGGUUCAUUUGGCUGAUUGGGGACCAAGAGGACACAACAGUCAAGGGGAGCACCAGCUGUGCGUAUGACAGGAUUGUUCUUAGAGGACAGGAGAUUGUUAACUCUGUUGUUCCCAACUCAAACAAUAUCUUCAACUUCCAGGAAGCUUAUGAGUUGACUGAAGAGGAGGCCUUAGAUGUCAGUGACCACUUUCCAGUUGAAUUUAAACUACAGUCUUCAAGGGCCAUCACCAACAGCAAAAAAUUGGUUUCUCUAAAGAAGAAAAGAAAGGGCAAAAGAUCCUAGACACAAGAAUACAAUUUUAUUAACCCUUUAUUGCCUCUAAAUAAACAGCUUUAACAAA